CCCAAUCAAAAAGUAUUUUACAAAACAUAACUAAAAUGCUAAAGAUCGUCAUAGAACUACUAAUUAUCAUUGUAAAAUGUAUAUGUAAAUUACUCUAUUGUCUUUUUUAUUUAAAAAUUAAAUUCACAAACCAAACAAACUCUAUUCCGCCCUUUGGAGCUGCGGUGGACUUUCCACUUCCCCUUUGCCUUCGCCGUGGCGGCUCAUCCACGCUCGCCGAAAACGCUAGUGAGUCUCUGAACGCGAAGAAGAAGAAGAAUCGUCUCACUCCAAUUGCCGCGAAAAAUCAACAGAUAAAAGGAAACUCCACAACGGCUAGUUUUGCCGAGAUGCACUAAGAUGCCUGGCUGGCAGCCCCUGCGCCUCCCCUCUAACGGUCACAUUACCGUUACAAUUUUGGAAUUUGUAUAAAGCGCUCUCGAAUAUCCUCGCUAAACAUUCCUGUCUAUUCAACUUUCCGCUGCCGAUUUUCCAUUUCUCUCAAUCUCUUUGUGGAAUACCUCAAUCCGGAUUUCUUUUUCUAGUUUACUUUGAGCUCUUUAGCACUUAAGCAACAAUGGAGACUCCUUCCUCAACCAAGAGAAUUACAAGAUCACAGACUCAUUCUCUUGGGCUUAACAACAGCAAUAUCCCCAUGUCCAGGAAGAUGGAAGAUUCAGCCAAGGCUAGUGUUAAGCAGCAGCAGCAAGAAAGAUCCGUACUAAUUGACAUAACAAAUGAUUCCCCGAUUGUUGGGCUAGCGAAGGGAAUCUGGGAGACUCCCUCCUCUGCCACAGCAAAGCAAAGAAGUAACAUACUCAAGAACAGUAACAAAACUCCUGGAUCUGGAGAAGCUCUUCUCAGGGGUCAAGUGAAGACUCUGCUGCAGCGAGUCGAGGAAGAAGCUGAUCAGUCAAAGAUUGGGUUGGAGAAUCGGCCUUUCCUCCGGCUCCAAGGGCUUCUCGACUCUAAUCCCAUGAGACUUCUCGCCCCAACUCCGGCGAAUACCCCGAUGGUCCUUGACGAUCUGACCCAUAACAAUAACAGCAUCAUUCAACAGAUCUCUCCUGUUCCAGUAAUUGAAGAACAGCUCAAGAUUUGUGAGGCCGUGGUGAGUGAAAUGUUCAAGCAAGAGGCAUUGGAAUCUCAGAAGAGUUUGAACAGGCAAUUAUUGAUGGAUUUCUCUGAGAAGUCCGAGUCUGAUUCUUCUCCGGAAUGCUUUUUAGCGGCCAUAGCUGGGACUGAAUCGGGAAGCGAACAGAAGUCGCUGUCACCACAGUCAGAGGUAGCAGACGAUGACAGCGCCUCUCUCUGGUCGAUUCAGGUCAACGCGAGCACCCAUGAUGAUGAAGACCUUGAUGAAGUGAUUGGAGUAGUAGAGGUAGAGGAGCUUUACGAUGAUGACUACAGUGAAGACGAGGAAGAAGAAAGGUAUGGUGAUAGAGGAUUAGCAGUUGAUGAGCUGUGUGAAGGGAUUACUAGAAUGAGUAUGGUGGCAGUCAAGUUCAGUGGGAAGCACAAGAGGUUUGAGUACAAUAGCGAUGACGAGCUGCUUGAGAAGGAAGAAGAAUGCGAGGGAUAG